AUGAGCAGCAAUACCGGGCAAAGUCCGUUAUCCGAAGUGAGCCCCAUGGCUCAGCGCAGAAAUUCCCCUAGCUGGAAUCAGACCACCAAGAUGAUGAAAACACACGACGCUUCACCCUAUGAAGCUCCGGCUUCACCGCGGCUAUUCUGGCAAGGUCGGGAAUCAGGAUCUCCCUUCCAUCGUAGCGCAGAAAACCAAAACCUUUACGACCCUGAGGGUUCGACUUAUACUCCAAGGAAGCGCCCAUCGUUGGAGAAUUUGAAGCGUGCUUCGAGAGUCAAGAACAACAACAUGUUCCGCGACCACAAUACAGAAUACGACCCGACCCAAGUAUAUGUACCACAGAGACCUCUGGCGCUCAACCGCCAGUCCCAGAGGCAAGCGCCGACUGCACCGCCUGCACAUCAGCCCGACGUUCAGGAUCAAAGCCCGGCCGGUCCUCGUCCUCCUUCUCCGAGUAAGGAUCAGGUCGCGCCGGCCAAGUCAUCGCUGUCCCGCGCGAGUCGCUUUGGUUCGAAGGACGCUGCUUUCGACCCGGAGAACGAGAUUUGGUCCGAUAUUGACGGCAGUCGACAUGCCAAGAGCGUCACAUUCGAUGCUGCGCCCCCUCAAGUGAACGAAUAUGAGAUGACAACGCCUGAUCCAUCAUCUAUCGCCUCUGGUUCCCGUGAAGGGAGUUAUGACUCCGAGGACAAUGAGGAUGAUGCGAGCUUUGACCGGGAAUCCUCGCUUGACCGCGACGAUAGCUUCGACGCAUCGCUGGAAGAUCUUGAGAAAACACCAGUCGUCCUGCCGGAAGAUUGGCGCUAUAUGAGCCCCGAGACUGCGGAUGGUGAGAUCUUGGGAGAUGAGGAGGAUCAUUUCACCGAGGAUGACAAGGACCACAGCCCGGUUCCCCGCCCAUCUUCCCAACAAGGGCCUCCCGUACAGCACGCGCGUGUCGAGUCAAUGGAGUCGAAUACUGAUCGCCGCCCUCUUCCGCCUCUGCCUCCCUCCAGCCGGCCUCAACUCUCGCAGCGUGGAUCGCCGGGAAAGAUGACGGCCGCUUUUGAGCUUGGAAGCGGCAACCAGCGCGUUCUUCCCUCUCCACCAGCACCCGCAUCGUAUAGCAAAUCCGAGAUUACGGAACGGAACCAUGGCCAUAUGUCUCUGGAAGAACGUUUACAUCUGAUGAUGAUUGAGAAGAAGGAGCCGAUGACGGAGGAGAUCGAAAUUGACGGCCCCGAAACACCCAAGGCUCUACCCGAAGAGCCAGAGGAGCCGAUUGCGGUCAAGGACGUCCCCGCAGAUAAGGAAGCAGAUACCCCAGCCGAGGACGACACUGAGGUCUACUCCCCUCCGCGCAUCUCGAGGGAUUCUAUCCUUCGAGAUUUGCGGAAGAGCGAAAGUUUCCUCGAUGACUCCUUCGAGGAUGCUUCUCAGGCGGAGUCUAGUCCCAACCAUUACUUUGAUUAUGACCCGGACGUCCCGAUCCCUUCCAUGGAGCAUGACCAUGACGAGAGCCACGACUAUGAUGACGACGAAGACGACGAGACCAGUAGCGUGAUCAUCAAGCCUGAAGAGCACGAAGACGACCUUUAUGACAUUCCGGAGUAUUAUGAAACGGUGAAUUCGGAGCAAUCCUCCUCGCAAGGCUUGAAAGAUAGGCUGGGAGAUGACGACGAAAGUCGCUACUCUAGCCAGCCUCCCGAAGACAUCUCCGCUUUGGAAAUUGACUCACAAGCCUCUGAGGACAGGCAAGAUACCCCAGUUGCAGCCACGCAAACGGAAGAAACGCCGGUAGAUGCCUCAAUCGAAGCUACAGACGAUGAGCUGACCGAGGAGCCAAUUGAUAUGCCCGCCGACGAGUCAAUGGAUGUGUCUCAAGUUGAUUCCGUUGAUGAGGAACGGUCAGCUAAUAAGAUGGCCGCUAUGCGAGAGUCCCUCCAGCGUCCAGCGACACCGGAGAGUCAGAAUCAAGUAUCAGAGCCUUCUACCCCUGAUUCUGUUGUUCGACACCCCAUUGGCGACGAGCAGAACGAUCAAGAUGUUUCCUCAGAUGAGAGUGUACCAGAGCCGAUCGCGACCGUCAAAGCCCCGGGAACUCGCCUCAAGACGCGUCCAUCGUUAACCCCAGCUGAUCUGGAACAGAUGGCAGCGACACGCCGCAAGGUGAGCGGGCAUAUUCCACCGCCAAUGCCAUGCCUCACAAAGCAGGACUCCAACGACUCCCAAGGCUCAGCGACUGGCGAUGGUGUUCCGUCACUACCCCCACCGCAAGAAAAUCAACGACAAAGUAGUCUGGUGAAGCUUGACAUCCCAUUCAGUAUUCAGGAAGAAGAUAGCCUCGGAUUUGAUAUGGACAAAGAAUUCGAUAGAGUCAUUGAGUCCCAAAAGGUGGCGUUUGAACUUUCCCUCUCCCAAUUGCGUCUCCAAAGUCACAAGCAUGGACCAUCCCCUCAAUUCGUGAAUCGCAGACAGUGGACUAACGGCGAGCCCCCAAAACAGAGAGGAUACCUUAUGCGGCACAACACCAAGGUUAUUAUUGCGAGCAGUAGCACGGAAGACGACACUGUGCCAACUCCUGGCGAAGAUCCUGGUGAGUCUCGGGCUGCGCGCGCUGCACCCACACCGCGCAAGCCCAGCCAACAGACUUGGACCACGGUACCAUGGAACGGCCAGACACGCCGAGCAAGUAUGAGAACCGCCAGCGGCGUGGUCCGAAAGAAGACUUCUUCAGGGCCGGUACCACCCCUCCCAGGCCAACAGAGCAGCGUUCAAGAACAGCCUUCGACGAUGGAAGAGGCGGAGCCUGCUCUGAACGGUGCCCUUGAGGAGGGUGAAGAGCGGGGCCGUCUUUUCGUCAAGGUCGUGGGGAUGAAAUAUCUCGAUCUGCCUCUGCCACGAGGUGAGAGAUCGUACUUUGCUCUUACCUUGGACAACGGCCUGCAUUGUGUCACCACUUCUUGGUUGGAGCUAGGCAAGACCGCGCCCAUCGGGCAGGAAUUCGAGCUCAUUGUUCAACAUGAUCUCGAGUUCCAGCUGACCUUGCAGAUGAAGGUUGAUGAGGAGAAGUUCCGCGUCCCAGAGCCUACUCCUACUGCCUCUCCUAGCCGCCCGAAGACUUCUACCUUCAGCCGUGUGUUUGCUUCUCCGCGUAAGCGCAAGGAGCUUGAGAUGAAGCAACAACUUGCCAGCCAGCAAAGCAAGGCCAAAGAUAUCAAUGCUCCUGUAUGGGAACGACUGAGGACUUUGGUUGCCAGAGACGGCAGCUUUGCGCGCGCAUAUGUUUCUCUCAGUGAUCAUGAGAAGUACGCCUAUGGGCGACCUUACACCGUUGAUGUCGCUUGCUUCAACGAAUGGGCGGUCGAAGAACAACCAAGCAGCGUCAAGAGCAAGAAGAGUACGACAAGUACGACCUCGCAGCGCAGACCUCCUUACAAGAUUGGUAAGCUGGAACUCCAGCUGCUGUUUGUUCCCAAGCCCAAGGGCGCCAAGGAGGAUGACAUGCCCAAGAGCAUGAACGCCUGCAUUCGGGAAAUGCGCGAGGCGGAAAGUGUGUCUUCCCGCAGUUGGGAGGGCUUCCUCUCACAGCAAGGUGGCGACUGUCCGUACUGGCGACGCCGCUUCUUCAAGCUCCAGGGAUCCAAAUUGACCGCCUACCACGAGACCACACGUCAACCACGCGCCACUAUUAACCUAUCCAAAGCAGUCAAAUUGAUUGAUGACCGGUCAUCGUUGAUGCAGAAGGAGACCACCACCCGGGGUGGUGGCCGCCGCAAAUCUGCUUUUGCCGAAGAAGAGGAAGGGUACAUGUUUGUGGAGGAAGGUUUCCGUAUUCGCUUCGGGAACGGCGAGGUGAUUGACUUCUACGCCGACAGCGCAGCCGACAAGGACGGAUGGAUGAAGGUCCUGGCAGAUGCGGUAGGCAAAGGUUCCUCUGGAAGUAGCCAAGCCAAGCUGUGGACCGAAAUGGUUCUCAAGCGCGAACGGAGUAUGAAGGUGAAGCGCGAGUCCCUGGCCGCGGCUUCUACUUCUGCUCCAGCCGUUCCUGCUACUGCUCCUCCGGCCCCUCCUGUCGAACGUCCUCGUAGCCAAGUCGCUCCCCCGCCUCCCGCUAAACCCACCUCGUCCAUCCCGAUGCCGACGGCGCCGGCGCCGAACUCGGCUUCCAAACCUCGACACAAGCAUACCCAGUCUCAGCCCGAGGUUCGCGGUGCGGAUGCUCGGCGACAGAAGACCCGGUCCUUGAUGUUCUAG